CAGACGACGCAAAUCGUGCGAAUGUCACGUAAAUAAACAACGUAGGGAAAUUUUGCACGUAUUAUUUUGGAUUGUUUUUCACCAAUAAUGGGCUUGAAAAAACCUCUUCCUGGGAAUCCAGUUGUGUUCCUGGACAUCCGCAUCAAUGAUGAUAGAGUGGGCAGAAUGGUGAUUGAACUCCGGAGAGAUGUUGUGCCCAAAACUGCAGAGAACUUUCGCCUGCUGUGCACAGGAGAGAUGAGUAAUGCUGCAGGCAGGGCGCUCACGUACAAAGGCACCAAGUUCCACAAGGUUCAGAGGAUCUUCAUGGCUCAGGGAGGUGAUGUGGGGGAGAGUGUCUAUGGUGCUACUUUCGAGGACGAGAACUUUGUGCUGCCGCAUGACGAAGGGGCUGUUUCAAUGGCCAAUUACGGCACACCAAAUACCAAUAGCUCUCAAUUCUUCAUCACUGCCAUCAAUUGUUCCCAUCUGGAUGGGACCAAUGUAGUUGUGGGUUAUGUCCUGCGUGGUCUAGGUAUUCUGGGUGAGAUGGAAAAGUACACAACAGACGAGGGAACUCCUACUGCCAACAUUUUCAUUGAGAAUUGCGGAGAGAUUCCGGAAGGAGGGGAUUGGGGCUUCUGUGACACCGAUGAGACAGCUGAUAAUCUUCCGCCCUAUCCCCUUGACUGGGAUGACUCCGUGCUGGAAUUCAAUGUGGAGCAAAUGGUAAACAUUCUCACGACAAUCCGGAAUGCGGGCAAUUAUCAUUUCAAGAGUGGAAACAAUGUCGAAGCGAUAAGACGCUACAACAAGGCCAUUCGAUACUACCAGUUCUUCAGCAAUUCCACUCUCAGUGCACCUGAUCGGUGUCGCCUGGAGAAGGCCAAUGCCAUCAAUUGUGUCAACAUUGCGGCCGUCCAUCUAAAAUCACGCAAUUUCCUCGAAGCCAUUCAGGUGUGCAAUGAAGCUUUAAAGCUCAAUCCCACCAAUUCCAAGGCUCUUUUUCGCCGUGGACAGGCUGAGAUUGAGCUAAAGAACUACGAAAACGCAAUCAAUGACCUCAAACGUGCAUACAAUCUCGUGCCAGAGUGCAAGAUGAUCCUAGAAGAGUUCAAUCGCGCCAAACAUUUUCUCCUUGAAUACCGUGACAAGGAGAAGAAGUCAUUCCAGAAGAUGUUCCAGACAUAAGGUAAGUACUGUGGAGUUGCAUAAUUAACGUGAUAGAGACUCAUAGGAAAGGCUGCAUGGUGAAUAGUAAAUGAGAACGCGGGUGCAUCGUAGUGAAGUUUAGAGAAAAAAAUAGUGCAGAAACGUGGUGAGAAUUUUUAGGGCAAAUAUUCCUAUGAGGACGCAUGGAAUAUCUCUCUCUCUCACCAACUCCUUAAUUAAGAAUAAUGCCCAAGACACUCAUGUGUGAUAUGAACAUUUGCGCUAACUUGUUGAAAUAUUGCUGCACUCGGAGAUAUAUUGCGAUUUUACAAUGUCCAUUGGAGAAAUAUUUGUCUAAGUGUUUUUUACAAAAAAAAAAGUUACCCUUAUAUUUAAAAUGCAAAAGUAAAAGAGUGUCUAGGACAGGGAAAAUGUAUAAGAUACAGUGUUGUUGGUUGCAAAUCAACGGAUUACUUCUUAUCAGGCACAUUAAUUUAAUGUAGUCAUUGGAUAUGAAUCAAAAUUAAUCUAUAGAUGUGACUGUAUAAGCACAAAAAAAUAGGAAAUAAAUAAACGAAUUUACAAUCGAAA